UGUAAAAUGGCGGACAUGUGAGGUUAGUUGUUGAAAUUAGUUGUAAUAAUAAUGGCGAAAAAAGUCACAACAGUAUUAAUAGACCUCAGUGGUACGCUGCAUAUCGAUAACAUAGUUAUUCCCGGUGCCGUACAGGCGUUAAACAGGCUACGGAAUGCAAAUCUAUCGAUUAAGUUCGUCACUAACACCACCAAAGAGUCAAAUAAUUGCUUGUACGAACGUCUGAAAAAUCUUGGCUUUGACUUGCGAAAGGAAGAAAUCUUCAGUUCUUUAGCUGCAGCGAGAAAAUUGAUUAUCUCUCGACAAUUGAAUCCGAUGCUUUUGAUUGAUCCAGCAGCGCUGGAAGAUUUUCAAGAUUUAGUCGAAGACAAGACCACGCCUAAUGCGGUUGUGGUCGGCUUGGCCCCGAGCAAAUUCAAUUACGACGAGUUAAACAAAGCUUUUAGAUUAUUGUUGGGUGGUGCGUCACUUAUAGCUAUUCACGAAGGACGAUAUUAUAAGCGUCCUGACGGUCUAGCCUUAGGUCCUGGCGCAUUUAUCAAAGGUUUAGAGUAUUCUAGCAAUAUGAAAGCGGAGGUAGUUGGUAAACCAACUGUAGGAUUUUUCAAAGCAGCUUUAGGGGAGGUAGAUCCGGCGCAGGCUAUAAUGAUCGGAGACGAUGUAAGAGAUGAUGUAGCCGGUGCGCAAGCAGCCGGAAUCAUGGGUAUUCUGGUACAAACUGGCAAAUACAGAGCAGGAGAUGAAAACACGAUUACUCCAGGACCAGUGAAAGUAUGCGCCUCUUUUGUACAAGCCGUCGAGAGUAUUCUCGAUGGUGGCAUUUGAAGAUUCGUAAUUGGUGAAAUCAAUAAUGUACAUAGUCUGGAGUGAUGUCAUAUUAUUGUAAGGUAGACGAUAAAUACAAAUGGAAAUAAAUCCUCUUUCUGAUAUGGA